AGACCUGCUGAGUUUUUCCAGGUAUUUUUGUUUUUGUUUUGUCCUUUAUUUUCUACUCCAUCUAACACAUAUGCAGAGGGACAUCAAGGUUUUAUUUCUGAAUAUAUUUGUUUUCAUUAUUUUACCAUCUGUGCGGUGCUGUCUGCAUGUGAAUCGUUCACUGAAAACAUUGCAAUCUCCGACGUUUGCCUUGGCAAUGUAUCACAUGUUAAAGCAAGAAGUUGGAAUUUUCAGUCCUGGAAUUUUCUGCACUCGGUUACUCAAUGAUUUCCGGGAAUGGACACAGGUCACGCUCAUUAACAUCGAGCCCAGUUGUUCACAUCGAAGACAGAUUCCAAACCUUAACCUCAACAUUGUGCCGAAUCCCAAACCCAGAGUCAUGGGUUUCAGGAUCACUUCGCUUGAUGGUUAUAUUUACUUCUUCACCUUGGCAACAAGCCUGGCUGGAUUUGAAAUUUGGAUCGACACAAACCCCCCAGCUCUGGAAUUUGGAGACUCUCUGAGGGCAAACUGCAGUACAACAUGUGAAGAUUCUGAGCCAUUAAUUAUGGUGGAGUAUAAAUCAGGGAUAAAUCCUAACAGAACCAAUGGUGAUAAAUGGGUAGCUGACUUUUUCCCAAGUGUCGAGGCAUGGGAUAUCUCUGUGCCAUGUUUUGUGAGGUGUGGAGAAGAGAAGACUGCGAAAAAAGUGGUCACUGUUUACAAUCGAGAGAUAAACAUUACUCCACCUCCUGAAGUGCUGGAAGUUAACAGAACAUAUAGUCUGGAGUGCACUGGUCCGAGGGUCUAUCCAAACAAUAAACUCAUACUCACAUGGCUGAGAGGGGGAGAGGUUGUUCAGAGUAAUUUCACAGGAGAACCAGGUUUCCCAGAUGAAGAUGAAAGAUUGACGAAUGUCUUCAGUUUCACUGCAAGUUUGUCAGACGAUGGACAGGAGUACACCUGCUUGGCAGAAGUGGACUUGGGCUCCAACACCACAAAACCAAUUACAAACUCCUCAGUGACUCUGCAUAUUUACUCUUUUAUGGAUCCGCCUAGAAUCCUUGACAAAAAUCCCUUAGAAGUGAAGCAAGAAGUCACGUUAACAUGUGAGGUUACAAAUGUCUAUCCCGCUGAGAAGAUGAGAGUGAGAUGGUCUCAGGAUGGUGAAGAAUUGAAUUCAGUUCCAACAAGGCCAAAUUCCAAUACUAUCCGGGUAACAACAGCAUGGAUACCACAGGUGUCUGGUCUGAUGGAAGUCACCUGUACAGCGGAUUUUGAGGAGUAUCCAUCUAUUCCACCAAAGAAUGAUAGCAUUUUCAUUGAGGUGUACGCUUUCUCUGCCCCUGAAAUCCAAAUACCAACCAGCCCUGAAGGAAACCCAGUUAAUAUUACCUGCAGUGUGUUUAAUGUCUCGGGCAAACUUCAACUCAGACUGAAGAACGGAAAUGACACUUUAGUGAAUGGAUCAAGCAGUAGUGGCCUCACUAUCUAUCAUACUGUAGAUGCACAAGCACAGCUGGAUGGACAGCAGUACGUCUGCGAGGCUGAAAUGAAACUUCAAUUACAGCCAAUGACAAGUCCCAUCGUUAAAAAACAGGUUGAGACUCUCCAUGUCCUGUAUGCUCCAUUAGAAGCACAGAUCUUUAAAGGUCAAGAAGAUUGGAUUAAAGGGAAAUCGCAGAAUUUAACAUGUCAAGGUGAAGGGAACCCAACUCCCCAGGUGUUCUGGACCAAAGAUGAAAAGAUAUUCAGCGGAGAGAUAUUCCACAUCCCAUCAGUCCAAAUGCAGCAUGGUGGUCUGUACAAAUGCACAGUCACCAAUGAGUAUGGAUCCAAACGCUCAUAUGUAAAUGCAGUCAUUUUGUAUAAACCAGGAGACACAACUAUAUCAGUAAAUAACAAAACAGUGUCAGGGUUUCCUGUAAACAUCAGUAAAGGGGAUGAGGUUACAAUAACCUGCAAUUCCAGUGGAAAACCCACACCUACAGUAAAGUGGGAAGACCCCAGUAAUGGCAGCAACAUUGAGAUUGGUCCUCCUGGAGUUCUCCGUAUUUCCCAAGCAACAUCAGAACAUCAAGGAAUUUAUAAAUGUCGAGCUACCAAUCAAUAUGGAAUUGAUGAGAAGGAAGUGGACAUCAGGGUCAAAGGUGAAACAUGUCUACCAUAUUUGGUAAUGGCAGGAAUAUUACCAUUGAUCAUAUUCGCAGUCAUUGGCUUGUACUGGAAAUACAGGGCCCAUAAAAGAGGACUAUAUGAAGUACACAAAGCAAAACCUAACAACAACCCACAGAUCCCCAAUGGAAAUGAAUAUCAGGAAAAUUUUCCUUUAAAGAAACGUGAUCCAUAUCCUGGUGAAUCAAUUACAAAUGGAUUUUACAAAUAAAAUGAUAUUACAUGCCCUUUUUUGGAGAAAUUCCAAAGAUGAUCUUGUUAAUAUUGUUACUGAGGGACUCCGCUCAUUGCAGCGUUAAAGACUACUUGCAGUAAUUGAAAUACUAACUGUAAAGACAACUCAUUACUGACAAUCCUCAGUAUUAUUGGGCUGUUUUUGUAUUACUGUGGUUAAAAUUUUAUUUCAAUUUCUAUGAACACUGGAUAGUCACCUGGACUGUGGUAUCUAGAUAGGUUUAGCACUGGUAUCAAGAGAGCUGUGUGAAAACAAUGGCUUCCCCACUAACUGACAUGAAGGCUGAUCUAUUCCUGUUAUGGCUGAUUUAAUUGCAUAAUGUAUGCCAUGUAUAAUGCGACGUUCCAUGAAAAAAUAAAACAAUUUAUACAAACA